CGCCAUCUUGCGUACGGAGGGCAGGCUUGUUGCUCCGCUCCUGAGUGCCGGGGCUUUUAGUCCCUGCCGGUCUCUGCUUUGGGCAGUGUCUCAGUGCUUCUUUCACCUUCUUUAUUGAGAGGUAAAGGUCAAUGCAGAACUGUGGUGUAAGAUGCCUUAUGGUGAAAUUGAAGCUAAAUCCAUGGGACAUGGGGAACAACUAAUAAGUGAACCAUGCUAUAAGAAAUUGAAGUCUACUGAAGAGGCAUAUGUUUUCCCCCAUCAUGGUAAUGCUAAUUUUCAGAGAAAGCAAGAGAAAACUGGAAAUGAUUGGGUCCCUGUGACCAUCACUGAUGUCAGAAGACAUAGGUAUCCUCAGGAGGACAAAACCAAAACUACAAAUUUGCUGAAACCUGUGCAUGAUGAGAUGCUUGGUAAUAGGCCAGAUGUUAUUAAUUCUGUUGAUUCACAAGUUUUACGGGCUACACGUCCUCCAUUGGUAUCCACAGAUGAUGAGAUAUAUAGCACAAGUAAAGCAUUUAUAGGACCCAUUUACAAACCCCCUGAGAAAAAGAAAUGUAAUGAAAGGAGGAAUCAAGGCGGCACUAUCAGUGGUAUAGAUUGGAAAGGAGAACGAGAAGAGAAACAGAAAUCUAAUUCUAAAAAAUCAGAGAUUGACAAUGAAUUAUUCCAGUUUUACAAAGAAAUUGAAGAGCUUGAAAAUGAAAAAGGUGAUUCAGAACGCAGUUGUAAGGAACGUGAACCCUCUGAGGAACAACUCAUUCCAUGUUAUCAGGGCCAUAAUAAUCUGUUAAAGUCUGAAGAAGAAAAGAAAAGAGAUUUUACCAGUGCCCUUCAGUCAUAUUGGGGUUAUCAGCAGGGUUAUCAGCAGUGUGUUCGGAAUGAGCCAGGUAAAUAUCCUUAUAAUGGACAAGUAAUACCUACCUUUUAUGGCAAUUCAUUUACUUCCUUCAGGCCUGAGUGGCAAUCAAUGCGUUCUUUUAUAGUACCACAAGACCCUCAUCUUCCCAGUUUUAACUAUCACUUAAAUAUUCAAAGAUUCAACGGUCCACCAAAUCCAUCAUCAAAUAUUUUCCAUGCCCAAGAUGGCUUUCAGAUGCAAAAUGGAUAUUAUGUAAAUAGUUGUCAUGUUAACUGGAAUUGUUUGACUUUUGAUCAGAACAAUGAAUAUACUGACCGUAGUGACAUUACCAGUAGUGACCAUCCCUCUAGAAAUGGCUACACUGUGCAAGAUGAAUAUGCGAAUAAUGGUUUCUAUGAAACCAGUGAAGGAUGCUGGAAAGAUCCUUCUGUGGACAAGCAUAAUGGAACUGACAGGUUUAUGAACCAGCAUUUUCACGAGGAAAAGUUAAAUAAAUUGCAGAAGUUACUUAUUCUUUUAAGAGGUUUGCCUGGUUCUGGGAAAACAACAUUGUCUCGAAUUCUGCUUGGUCAGAGUCGUGAUGGCAUUGUGUUCAGCACUGAUGACUAUUUUCACCAUCAAGAUGGGUACAGGUAUAAUGUUAAUCAACUUGGUGAUGCCCAUGACUGGAACCAGAACAGAGCAAAACAAGCUAUCAAUCAGGGGAGAUCUCCAGUUAUUAUAGACAACACUAAUACACAAGCUUGGGAAAUGAAACCAUAUGUGGAAAUGGCCAUAGGAAAAGGAUACAGAGUAGAGUUUCAUGAACCUGAAACUUGGUGGAAAUUUGAUCCUGAAGAAUUAGAAAAGAGGAAUAAACAUGGUGUUUCUCGAAAGAAGAUUGCUCAGAUGUUGGAUCGUUACGAAUAUCAAAUGUCCAUCUCUAUUGUAAUGAAUUCAGUGGAACCGCCACACAAAAGCAUACAAAGACCUCCUUCACAGGGGAGACAGAGGUAUAUUCUUAAUGGAAUAGUUCCCCCAGCUGCUACCUGCCAUUCUGAGUUGGUCUCCAUCACAAAGAAUAAAAUGGGCAUUACUCAUCAUAUUCAACUAAGCCUUACUGGCCACCUCUCAGUUCCUUGAAUGCGCUAUUUGUUCCUUCUUCCUGGAAAGUUCUGUGUGUACACACCCCUUCCAUACUCAUCCUUCAGAUUUGAGCUCUUCAAGGAAGCCCAAAUUUUUGGACAUAGCAGGCUUGGUGAGGUCCAAAAUACAUAUUAUAUGCUUUCAUGUACUUUUUCUUUAUUAACUUGUACGAGUGUAUGAUUAUUUCCCCUCCCUUCAUUUUUAAGCACCAUGUGUCAGGUUGUUACCAUUAUAUGGUCAUCAGCACAAUGAAAAAGCAGUAUUCAGUAUUCAUACAACAAGUGAAUAUGGGUAGUCUCAGCUUGUUCUGGGCUGAAUUGUGUUCCCUCAAAAUUUCAUGUGUUGAAAUCCUAACCCCCAGUAUUUAUGAUAUGACUAUUGUUAGGAUAUAGGACCUUUAAAGAGGUAAUUAACGUAAAAUGAGGUCAUGUGAUUGAACCCUAACCCAAUAUGAUGGUGUCCUAACAAGAAGAGGUGAUUAGGACACAGACACAGAAAGGGAAGACCUUUUGACAACACUGGAUGAAGACAGCCAUCUACAAGCCAAGGAGAGAGGCUUUUGAAGAAACCUACCCUGCUGACAUCUUGAUCUUGGACUUCUAACCUCCAGAAUUGUGAGAAAGUUAAUUUCUGUUGUUUAAGCCACCCAGACUGUGAUACUUUGUAGCUUUGGCAAACUAACACAGAUUUUGGUACUGGGAAGUGGGAUGCUACUCUAACAAAUACCUAAAAGUGAAGAAGUGGCUUUAGAACUGGGUAUGGUAGAGGCUGGAAGAGAUUUGAGCUUCAUGUUAGAAAAAGCCAAGGUUGCCUUCAGCGAUUGUAGGUAGAAAUAUGGACGUUAAAGGUGAUGCUGGUGAGGGUUCUGGGGCGGUCAAGAAGGCUUCUGUCACUUUAGAGAUAGACAUAUAUGAUCAUGAACAGAGUGUUGGUAGAAAUAUGAAAAGGGUGCUUCUGGUAAGGUCUCAGAUGGAAAUGUGGAGCAUGUUAUUGGAAACUGGAGGGAAGGCAGUCAUAAAGUGGCAAAAAACUUGGCUAAAUUGUGUUUCAGAGGUUUGUGGAAAAUAGAACUGGUAAGUGAUAAAUUUGGAUAUUUAACUGAGAUUUCUAGGUAAAGUGUUAAAGGCAUGGCCUGGUUUCUCCUUGCUGCUUAUAGUAAAAUGCAAGAGGACAGAGAGAAUUGAAGAAAGAAUUGUUAAGCAAAAUGGAACCAGAAACUUGAAGAUUUGGCAGUUCUCAGCCUAUGCAUGUUGCAAAAAAUUAGAAAGUGUGUUCUGGAGACAACAUCAAGGCAGUUGCUAGACAACCAUUUGCUAAAGGGAGCAUGGGCAUGUGACUUAUGGAUUCAUUAAGCUAACUCAGCAAGACCAGAGAUGGGGAUAUGGCAGCAGAAACACUGCCAGCUUGGACUGAAAGAGACAGGACAGGAUGAAAUGAAGGAAGGCUGUCAGACUUCUGAGAUUCUACAAGACAAGUCACUAGAGCUAUCUGUGGUGAUCUGUCUGUGAGCAUACGUUGUCCUCCAAGAAAAGAGUAGAAGGACCCUGAAGGCAGUUCAGAGGUGGGCAGGGUUGCCAUUGCCACCAUGGGAUCAGAGCCCCAAGCCUGAGGGGGUGGGGCUACCACGUUGGUCAGCCUGGAAGGCAGGGCCUCUAGCCCAGUGGGCCCAGAGAACACAGCAUGGAGCCAAAGAUUAUUCUUUAUUAUUAAAGAUUAUUCUUCAGCCUUAAAAUCUAAUGGAAUUUGCCUUAUUGUAGACUUGCUUGGGACCCAUCAUCCCUUCUUUCUGAUUUUUCCCUUUUGGAAUGGGAAUGCCUGCCCCACCAUUAUAUUUUGAAAGCAGGUAAGUUGUCUAGAGUCACAGGUUCACAGCUGGAGAGGAAUUUUGCCUCAGGAUGAAUCAUAUCUCAAGUUCACCCAUACCUGGUUUAAAUGGUAUUUAGAUAAGAUUUUUGGACUUGAUGCUAGAAUGGGUUAAGACUUUGCGGGCUGUUGGCAUGGGGUGAAUGUAUUUUGCAUGUAAGAAGGACAUUAAUUGGGGGGCGCAGGAGAGUGGAGUGUUAAUGGGCUGAAUUAUGUCCCCUCAAAAUUCAUAUGUUGAGGUCCUAACCCUCAGUACCUCAGAAUGUAACUGUAUUUGAAGAUAGCACCUUUAAAGAGGUAAUUAAGAUCAUAUGGAUGGGCUCUAAUCCGAUAUGACUGGUGUCCUUAUAAGAAGAGAAGAUUAGGACACAGACAUACACAAAGGGAAGACCUAUGAAGACACUGGCGGAAGAAGAUCAUCUACCAGCCAAGGAGAGAGGCCUUAGAAGAAACCAACCCUGCAGACACCUUGACCUCAGACUUCUAGAAUUGUGAGAAAAUAAACUGUUGUUUAAGCCA